GCUCUUUCUUGGCUGUAGUUUUCGGUCCAAUUAUGGAUUCUGGACACUCAGGUCUGAGCUAGGUCAACUAUUGAUGGGUCUGUCAACCAAUGGCUGCAUGCUCUCCCCCUCUCUCUGCACCCACUCCAUCCAUCCAUCUCCAGCUGGUGCGAGACGCACAGUCACGGGCACUGUCUGGAAGUGCAAAAAGGGAAAUUACCUGGCUAACUCACACAUGCCCUCCGCUCCCUCCCCCUUGCAUGCACUCAUCAGCCCUCCUCCUUCAUGGCAGGGAGCGGAUAGCGCCACUCUGCAGUGGGCUCUUCGCUGCAUGACAUGAAGGACGAUGAAUGCCAAGCUCAUGCCUGGGGGGGAACACGCGCUGCGAAAAAGAUCGAUGCGCUAUCACAUGGUCUGUUGAAUGAAUUACCCGUUGUCCAUCAGCCAGCCCCUUGCUCAUUGUCUGUCCUCCUCUCGCCCCUCGGUCAUCCAGUCAGUCGUGUCAAGACAAGAGCCAACCGCCCAGCCAGCCAGGCAGCUAGAGAUACAAUACGCCACACAUACAAGAAAUGACGCCCUCACUCAUUCCCUCACGCCCCUAAACACUUGAUGGCAAAGAGGCUACCGUUGGGAGCACGCACGCACGCAUGCCACGCGUCAACGCAUCGCAUCGCAUCGCACCCCUCUCUCUCUCGGCAGGGGAGAGAAGAGGGAUACAGAAAAAGAGGCAGACAUACACGCAUUGCGCUCAUCCAUGUAGGUGUGCAGUGUGUAUGGUCGUGCUGUCAGCGCAUAUAUCAGAGCAGCAGCCAUGGCCGGCCAUUCAUGCGGUGCAUCCAUAGAGUAAGUCAAUCUACACCCUCUCUCUGCAGCAUCCAUCGGCCGGACGCCCAUCCAACGGGAAAAAUAGAGGGAGAAAAGCGUCACACACAAACAGGCACACAGGCACACAUUCACCCUCACACCGACACCCACACCCACACACGGACGCACCGACAUACACACGCGGACGCAUUCCCCUUGGUCCCUCCCUCCCUCUCACACGCCGCCCCCCGCCGACCUUCAGUGCUUGUCCUCCCUGCUGUGUUUCUUGUGGACGUCGAAGCUCUCGUCCAUCUCGGGACUCAGCACAGCGGGGGCCCACUUCUUGCCAAUCAGAUGCAUGUCGAAGUGCGGCAUGUGCAGAUGCGACUGGUGGCCCGCCUCACCCGCACCCGCCGCACCCGCAGCUGCCGCCCCCUCACCGGCACCGCCCCCAGCCGUCGAAGGCAGGCUCUUCUGCGACUCGCCUCCCUCGAUGGCCCCCUUGAUGUCGUCGUGGUGGUCGUGGGCGCCCGUGUCGUGGGACACGGCGCGGGAUCGCCAGUUGGGCACGGGCACGUGCAGCGAGUAGGAACCCAAAUGCAGGUGCCACGUCUGAACCAACCGACCACACACACCACACAAAGCAUUGUGAUGAAGGUGCCAACCGACUGAAAGAAAGUGUGUGUGGUGCUCGGUGCAUGGUGGCGUCUCACCUUGGGCGUCUCCUGGGUGGUGGUUGGGUGCGAUCCAGCGGAAGGCGUGGUGGUCGAUGCGGUGGUCGUCACAGACGCACCCAAGUUCGUGUCCGAGGCCGAACGCUGGCGAGCUGCACACAUCACAUCACAACACAUCACAACACAUCACGACACCAGCCAGGACAACGCAAGAUGAAACCCGCCAGUGCACACAGCCAGCGGAAACGAGCCUGUCUGUGUCUCAUCUGUGCUCACCUGGCUCAGUGGCCUUCGGCGAGGUGGUGCCUCCGAACCGACCCUUGACCAUGUCCUUGACCGCUUUGAAGGCGUCCCAGAGGGGAGGUUGGCCAACGACGGGAGGCUCGGAGGGAGCGGCCUUCUGAGCAGCGUCGGACUGGCCUUCCUGAGCGGCCGGCUUCUCCUGCUGCCCUUCCUCCUUCUUCAUGUACUCGCCAAGCGUGAAGUCCGUCAUCGUCGCAGUAUGGUGUCAAGUCCUACGCACUGAAUGGCACUGAGAAUCGAAGCAGAAGCUUCCAGAAACAGAA